GGGGCUCUAGCCUCGGCAGAUUCCAAAGCCCCCAUCUUUUACAACCACAUACACAAUUACACACACACACACACACACUUCUGUAUCUAUAUCUCUUUAUCUUUUUUUUUUGUUUGUUUUCAUCUUGAUACAAUAUGCCUGGUUUAGCUUGUGUUGACGCCGCCAUUGCACCUCCGCCGUGCUACGCUUUUACAUCCUGGGAAGCGUGUCUUCCGGCGCCGGAGAUGAAUUCCGGCGGAGUGGCCGAUUUGCAGUGGUCGCCGGCGCUCUCGGCCGCGUUGUACAGGAUUGACAAAUGGGGUGGUCCUUAUUUCGGCGUGAAUGAAAACGGCAACGUUUCGAUUUACCCUCAUGGUGCGAAAACGCUGAAUCAUCAAGAGAUUGAUUUGCUUAAGGUUGUGAAGAAGGCUUCGGAUGCGAAAGAUGAGGGUGGGCUUGGUUUGCAGCUGCCGAUUGUUAUAAGGCUGCCUGAUGUGUUGAAGAAUAGGGUUGAAUUGAUUCACUCAGCGUUCGAGUCUGCGAUUGAGGCGCAAGGGUAUAAUGGUCAUUAUCAGGGUGUUUUCCCUGUCAAGUGUAAUCAGGACAGGUUUGUUGUGGAUGACAUUGUGAGAUUCGGGUCCAAGUUGCGGUUCGGGCUCGAGGCGGGGUCCAAACCGGAGCUUUUACUAGCUAUGAGUUGUUUGUGUCGGGGGAAUCCGGAGGCGUUUCUUGUUUGUAAUGGAUUUAAGGAUGUGGAGUUUAUAACGCUUGCUUUGGUGGGGAGGAAGAUGAAUUUUAAUACUGUGAUUGUGCUUGAAUUGGAACAAGAGCUUGAUAUGGUAAUUGAGUUGAGUCGAAAGCUAGGUGUUAGGCCUCUUAUUGGGAUGAGGGCGAAGCUGAGGGCGAAGCAUGAGGGACAUUUUGGUGCUACUUCUGGGGAGAGAGGUAAGUUUGGACUUACAACUACUCAGAUAUUACGCGUUGUUAGGAAAUUGGAUGAGUGUGGUAUGCUUGAUUGUUUGCAAUUGCUGCAUUUUCAUAUUGGUUCUCAAAUUCCCUCUACUGCUCUGUUGGCGGAUGGGGUAGGGGAAGCAGCUCAGGUGUACUGUGAACUAGUUCGUCUUGGUGCUCGUAUGGGUGUUAUUGAUAUCGGGGGUGGUUUGGGAAUUGAUUAUGAUGGUUCCAAAUCACCUAAUUCGGAUGUUUCAGUUGAUUACACUCUGGAGGAAUAUGCAGCUGCUGUAGUUGGCGUAAUUAAGUCUGCAUGUGACCGUAAGAUGGUUAAGCAUCCAGUGAUUUGUAGUGAAAGUGGUAGAGCAAUUGUCUCUCAUCAUUCAGUAUUGGUAUUUGAGGCUGUAUCUUCAAGUAAGAAUAGUGUACAACAAAUGACCCCAGUUGACGUCAGUUAUUUAGUUGAGAGACUCCCUGAGGAUGCUAUUGUCGAUUACCGGAAAUUGUCUGCAGCUGCUACUGGUGGUGAGUACGAAACUUGUUUGCUUUAUUCUGAUCAACUGAAGCAAAAAUGUGUAGAGCAGUUCAAGGAAGGGUCUUUUGAUCUUGAACAGCUUGCUGCUGUUGAUGGGUUGUGUGACUUGGUGUACAAGGCAAUCGGCGCUUCUGAUCCUGUGAGGACUUACCAUGUUAACUUGUCCGUUUUUACAUCCAUACCUGAUUUCUGGGGUAUUGGACAGCUGUUUCCGAUUGUGCCUAUUCAUCGCCUUGAGCAAAAGCCAGUGGUGAAGGGAACUCUCUCCGACAUAACAUGUGACAGUGAUGGAAAGAUUGGGAAGUUCAUAGGGGGUGAAGAGAGCCUACUGCUUCAUGAAUUGGGAGGAGGUGGUGGAGGUAGUUACUAUCUAGGGAUGUUUCUUGGUGGGGCUUAUGAAGAGGCGCUCGGGGGUAUUCACAAUCUUUUUGGUGGGCCGAGCGUUGUUCGUGUCUCACAGAGUGAUGGUCCUCACAGUUUUGCAGUGACAGGAGCUUUUCCUGGGCCUUCCUGUGCUGAUGUUCUCCGGACAAUGCAGCAUGAGCCUGAAAUGAUGUUUCAGACGCUCAAGCACCGUGCUGAGGAGUAUGUAUUCGAUGAGGGUGCUCGUGGUUUUGACCAUGAUGCUAUAGCAACUGGGCUUGCCAGUUCUUUCCAGAACAUGCCUUAUCUUGUUAAAGAUGAUGAUGAUAAUGGCUACUAUUAUUCUGAUGUUAUUAACAAUGGCACUGUUGUGGAUUCUGAUGCACCUGAGGAUGAGGAGUGGUCCGACUGCUGUGCUUAAAAUUUUGUCUGGGCAUCUGCAAACUGGAAGCAUCUCUUUGUAUUUGGUAGUUUGUCCUUUCAGGUCGUCUGUGUUUUAAGUUUGUGCUCUUCUUUAUUUAAUGUAUGUUUACAAUAAUAUAAGACCGAGCGAAUCAUUUGCAUCCGGCCAUCCGCAAAUAAAUAAGUGCCAAGUUGGUCGGAUCAGUGUAUGAUUGGCUUCCUGAA